AUGCCUCCGUGGCCUCGCCAUCAGGCCACGGGGUCUUCGCCAUGGGACGUUGCGAUGCCGCCCAUUGAGGCGAGAGCAGUCAAGCACUUCACCAUGCCCGUUCUGACACCCAACCAAACCUACAUCCUCCACGUCGCGACACUUGUAGUCGCAUCUCUUAGUAUCUCUGCCACCAUUCUCACCUCGAUAUGGUUCUUUCGCAUGAGGAGGAGUUUUCGCCAUGACCUCAUUAUGCUGCUCAUCUAUAGUGACAUGUUCAAGGGUUUCUGGCUGCUCCUCUUCCCUGCUGUUGAGCUAGUCGCGGGAAAGAUCGAAACAGAAGAAACCUUUUGCCAAGUCAGCGGCUUCUUCCUCUCCCUGAGCAUCGAGGCUUCAGAUGUUGCCGUAUCUCUCAUUGCAGUCCACACAGCAUUAUACAUCUUUCGCGGAGAACAGGGCCUGUACCCCUUCCGAAAGAUUGCUUACGGCCUUGCGGCAGUCAUACCCGUCGUCCUGGCCACCAUGGCUUUUGUCAGCAGCCCCGGAUAUGUCAACACCGGCCAGUUCUGCUAUCUACCUUUUAACCCCAUGUGGAAGCGACUCGCCUUGACCUGGAUUCCUCGAUACCUGGCUUUCACUGUCAUUCUCGUCCUCUGCGUCGCCAUCUACAUCUACGUCCGAGUCCUGAUGAGCCGGUUUGGAGCGGCAGGCGACGACUCUAGCAAUACCCUAUCGAGAAUGUCCAAUUUGGACAGCGUUGAUCGGCAGCAACAACAGGCGGCAAAAGUACCUCCAACUCCGGUCAUUAAAUGCCACGGACUCACCCCCUCAUCCGUGUCUUCACGUCGAAACUCCAUCACCGUCCCCGACGAACGGGCUCGCAGACCCUCUCUCGCAACGCUGAGCACUCUACACAUGGACAUUCCCAUGGUGUCGCAUCCUGGCAGACUUCACUCUGCUCGUAUGGCGCGAAGGGGCUCUGCGCAGAUGUGGUCAUCUCAGUUUAGCACUGACCUGACGGGCACAACUCUAUCAGAGACGACUCUAACAAGGCGUCAAUCCGAGUCUGAUUUUCGAGUCUCGAUGGGUACAACUCGUUGCGGCUCGGACGAUGUCAUUACGCCCCUUGAGACCCAUACACAGCCGGAUCUGCUACAAGAAGCACCUGCCCCUGAAUCAACAACUCCUUCAAACUCUGCAGAAAGCCCAGGAGGAUACUAUCACAAAUCUGCAGACGCAUCCGCUGCGCCGUCACGAACACCUUCUCUCCCGAACCUCUUUUCUAUGCUCCGCCGCGAACGCAGCAGCGAUCGCAACUCCGACUCCAACGUCGCUCUGUCCCAGAGGGACUUCAACACACCCGGUACUGUAAAGACACGUGAAAAGAUUAUCCGACAACUUCGCCUCCUCUUCAUCUACCCCUUGGUCUAUGUCGCCGUCUGGAUUCUGCCAUUCAUCGUCCAACUCACCGGGUACGGCAAGGGUGCGCCUUUUGGGAUGAGAUUGGCCAGCAUUAUCUUCUUGUGCUCCCAAGGUCUUGCAGAUGCCAUCGUCUUUUCACUGAAGGAGAAACCUUGGAAACACGGCCAAGCCGUCAACCUCCAGAGCCUCAUGUUUUGGAAGCGCCAUAGAGGUGUCCCUGACGCAGGCCCCAGAGUCGGACGCACAAGAGAGGAGAUGAUGGUCGAUGGCCGAUUCGCAAGAAUGAGGCGUGACCAGGAGAUUGCGGCCAAGAAGCUGGAGAGAGAGGCUGACCAGACCGCUGCAACUUCAGGCAGUAAACCCAGGACAGUCCCCGAGUGGUGGGACAACGAGGAUUGA